AUGAAUAAGAACAUUUUCCAUGUUGUUCUUGAUCCAAGAAACAAAUUGCAAUUUCUUCAGUUUUUGUUGCUAAAACUAUUUGGCUUAGAGAAAGGACAGCAGUAUGCAGACAUGGUGAGUUUGGAUUUAAGAAGGCUAUUUAAUGAAUACAAAAGAAUGGCUUCUUGUGGUGUUCAAGAUGUAAUUCUAGAGGGCAACAUUGUUGGUUUUGACGCUCCAAUUGAGAUUGAGUCAAGGCAAAAGUAUGGGAAAGAGCUUAAGGGAGGAUCAGGGGAGGAUCAAGAGAGUGAUAGUGAAGAUUUUGAUAUUCUCCAAUGGUGGAAAAUGAAUGCUCCAAGAUUCCCAAUAUUGGCAACCAUGGCUAGAGAUGUUCUAGCCUUUCCCUUUUCCACAGUGGCUUAUGAGUCAGCAUUUAGCACAAGAGGUAGAGCUUUGAAUGCCUUCAGAUCUUCACUAACCCCUAGAAUGGCUCAAGCCCUUAUUUGUGCUCAAGAUUGGUUACGAGCCAAAUCAGUUUCUGAAGAGGAAGACUUUGAUGUGCUGGAUAGCAUGGAACAAGAAUUUGACAAACUACAUUUGGAUUCUACCAUUCUAGCAUGAAUGGUUUUAUGGUUUGCAGUUUUGAUGAUAAGGUAACAGGUAAAGUAAAUUUAUUUAAUUUUU